CGGCCUUCCGCGAUAAACGCGCUGCACUCGCGCGCGCGCGCGCGCGGGCCGUUUAUAAGGUCUGCGCUGACAUUCGUCGAGGGCGAUGCAAUCGGCGCGCAUUUCCGAAAACCUCCUCCUACUACUUACUUGCUACCUACAUGCAUCGUGAAAAACCGGGACGGAAGCCGUGUCCGGCCCUCAAAGAUUCGGCGGCGGCGGCGGCAAUACUCGGAGAGCCCGUAUUGGGUCGAGGCGAUAGCGAUAAACUCACUCACUCUCUCUCUCUCUCUCUCUCUCUCUCUCGGCUAUGCGUAUACGUAGGAGGAGCGGUGGUGGGGCGGGAGAAGAGACCUGUACGGUUUUUCGACGCCGAUCAUCAUUUUCUGCGUGAACGACGAAAAGGACGCCCCCGUGCACCGAGAGCGCGACACAUAUACACAUAUUUCCUCCGCUGGCACUGCACUGCUGACUCGGCGGUGCGCGCGCCCGCGGCCUUGCACUUGUCGUCCGGCCGUUCGCUCGUCCGGUUUUGCUCUCCUUGUCCGAUUAGUCCGACACGCUUUUGGAUUUCGAGAACGAACGUGUUUACUCUCGAGGAUCCGUCGAGUGCCUGCUGUAUAGGCUUGUGGCCGUUUUUCUUUUGGCUCAUAUUCGAUUCCCCGAAGACGAAGAUGAGGAAGGUCCGGACGAUCCUGUUCGCGCUGGCAUCAGCUGCGAUUCUCCUGGCGAACGCGCAAGAAGAAGCGGAGGACAAUGGCAGCUCCGAUUCAAAGUUGAAGGUCCUCGGAUUUUUAAACAAGCCCGCGUUAUCUGCGAACGCGAGGAAAAGCCGCGCGAUCGAUUCUAAAUUAGCCGUGGAAAGUGAAAGUCCUUCGGGGCAUGAUUCACUGCCGCUAAUACGGGGCCCGAGAAGCGCCGAAGAUAGCGAAGACAAUGAGACUGUUGUAGCUACGACUUCAUUGCCGUUGGAGAACGAUGAUUUUACGCCGAAUUACGCGAGCUCGACGAGUACCGCGGAAGUCGAGUCUAAUCCAAUAACGACGGCUGACCCUGAGUCUUCUGAAAAAGACAAAGCUGCAGGUGACAAUACCAGUAUGCCGAAUUCGACGCCUACGCCUAUUGAAGUGGCCGAUAACGACGAGGACGAGGUCAAGGCAGAGCAUAAAGCCGUCUCUUCUUCCGAAGAAUUACCCGCGACUCAAGCUUCGGAGCACGAAGCUUCCUCUUCCGAGGCCGUACCCGCGAUUCAAGCUCUGUCGGAGCAACCAACUCCGUCUUCCGAAGAUGUGCAAGGCAGGAGUAUGCCGGACAUCGAAGCUCUGGAGCAAAUGCAUCCGGAUCUCGCGCCAUCGUCCUCGCCAUCCCAGGACAUCGACGUACAGCCGUCAGCUUCAUCCCUGGAUGUCAACGAGUCGACUCCGAUGAUCAGCUCUCCAGCCUCGAUGUCGUCGGUCGAACGAGUCGAAAGCGAAGCUCCUGUGUCAUCGUCCUCUCCAGCGAGUGGAGAACGCGAAGAGGGAACUCCUGUACCUUCAGUUUCUCCAACGAGCGAAGAACAAGCUCCUCCCGCAGCAGCGAGUGAAGAGAGCAAACCGGAGUCUGACGUCAAGCAGGAUUUGCAAACGACCACCCUAAUUAACGUCGCUGACCCAACCUCCGACGAUGCUUCAGCCGAAAAGACAUCGCCGAGCGAGGAGACCACCGAAGAAAUCGAAGAUAAUUUUCCCAAUUUGGAAACUUCGGAGAACGAAGAUAUCGACGAGGUGACGACCGAAGACGACGAGGACGAUGGACCAACCGAUGCCACUUUCGAAGAACCUACGGGUUCACCAGCUGAUGGCGAAUCGACCGAGGAAACUGUCCCCACAGCUCCCGAAAGCUCGGUCGCCGCUACCAGCACGUCGUCGACUCCGACGCCGAGUAGCAAGUACGAUUUCCUGCUUUACGACGAGUCGAACGUCGCUUGCAUAUUGGCCUCGAUGUCCGUCACGCUCAGAGUUACCUAUACGACCAAGGACAAGAAGACGCGCACGAAAUCGAUCCAAGUUCCCUCCACAGCUUCCGUGAGCGGAUUCUGCGGAGAGAAGGACUCCAACAUGACUCUGUCCUGGCCGACGUCGGACACGUCGCUCGAGCAGAAAGACUCGAUCACUUUUAUGAUGAAAAAGGACGAUUCCAAGUUCUACGUCAGCAGCGUCCAAGUCAGUCUGGUUCCCAACAACCAAGACUUUCCUAACGUCAUAGGCGAAAGUCUGAGAGGAAAUUCCGCGACGGAUCUGAGGCUGUUCUCCGCCCAUCUAAAGAACGGCGCGCACGUUUGUCGGCCCAUGACGGAAGUCACUUGCGGCCAGAUUGUCGUGCUGAUAAAGGACGUAUCUCUCAUUGCAUACAACGACAGAGAUAGCCUGGCCGACAGAGAAGAGGAACGCUGCUCGCCACCGCCAAAGAGCAUAAGCAUAGCGGCUGUCGUGGGUGCAAUCGUCGGGCUGACGGUGACUAUUGGAAUCGUCGCCUCCUACGCUUGGUACCGGAAGAGGACCAGUACGUUCAGGUCCGAGCUUCCUUGAAGGGCACCGAGAAGACGCAUCGCCGAUGUUGAUUCGAAUCGAAAAAUCCACGAACGUAUAGAUUUACGCCCUUGAACUCGACGCGAUUCUAUACUCUAUAUUAUAAUAUAGUCGAGUCGUUUUUGUUUGUGAUAUGAGGAACGUCGAGUUUUGAGUUUAAGUUUAAGAGGAUAGUAUAGCGACUACUCUGCGGAACCAAGAUGCAAUGAGUUUAAUUUUAAGCGAAUGUUGAUUUUGAAAAUUAUUCAUUUCUGGAAAGUGUAGAAACUGGAAUAGCCAACGCGUUGACCGUUAUUAUUUCUUCGAAAAUCAUACGUUUGAACGUGCACGUGUUUAUUACUGUCAAUUAGGUUUAGCUUAUAUUUUACCGAGAGAAUAUAAAACUGUUGGAAAUUGCAUGUCAUUGUUUGCGUUAGUUGUAGAUGUCUAUCUUUAUUACGAAUGUGUAGAAAUCAAUACGUAGAAUCGAGAUAGAGUAGGCCGAAUGUGUGCAAUAUACUCUACAUACGUAAUUUUGUUUGUAUAAUAAAUAUCAAUUUUGUUAUAGAUGACUGUAAGCCAUCUCAAUAUAAGUUUAUUUUGUAUAUUAUGUGCUUCCGAAGUCAAUCUCCAAUCUUGUAUACACUACCGCGCGAACGAAUAUUUUACAUUGUCAACACUUUUCCACGUUUUUAUCACAUUAUUACGGUUGUAGGCGUAUUUAGAAAGUGAUGUGUGCAAAGUAUCGCAGAAGCUACUUAAAAUUCUGAACAAUCGUUAGUAAUCUAGAUUUAUCAUUCGAUUCUUUACCAUUCAAACAGAUGCCUAUAUGUGAUUAGGACUCGCUUGAUUGAGUGCGGUUGCGAGAUAACUUUGUGUGUGAAGUAUUAAAUGCAGCGUUACGAUUGUAAACACAUGUACACCUUUGAAUAAAUUAUUAUAAGAACAUUUA